AUGGAAGGUUUGACACCGACUCCAAUCCAAGAUAUCACACCUGUGCCUAUCGAUCGCUUCAAUCCACAAUUGACAGAGUUUCGUCGAAUGGAUACAAGCGGCGACGAGAAGGUGACAUUCACCGAAUUCCUCUUGUCCGAUAAAGAUUACAUUGAGGCAAGGAGUCGCGAAUUUCACUCAUACGACAAAAAUAAAGACGGCGUUAUCUCUCGUGUCGAAUGGGAGGCCUAUUUCGAGCGAGAGGGUCGGGGUGAUCACCACCAUCUUCCUUCUCAUUCUCAUCAUGCCGGCUCUCCCGAUCUUGAUCACGAUUCAUUCUUUGGAGGUCGAUCACCAUUCCACAAUUUUUUCAACACUCCUAUUCGACACGAGAUUCAUGGAGAACACGAAGGGCCACAAAAAGGAAAUAACCCAAGCAUGGCUCAUCCUUCCCAAAACGGCCAACGGGUCAAUCCAGUCCAUUCUAUCAUCGCCUCAACCCGCAACUCGAAAAUGGUU